AUGGUGGCAGAAAAAGAGACCCUGAGCGUAACCAAAUGCCCAGACAAGAUGCCGAAGAGGACCAAGCUGCGGGCGCACCAGCCUCACUCCCUGGUCUCUGAGGGCUUCACAGUCAAAGCCAUGAUGAAAAACUCAGUCGUGAAAGGCCCGCCCGUGGCAGGUGCGUUCAAAGAGAGGCCGACCAAGCCCACGGCCUUCCGGAAAUUCUAUGAGCGCGGAGACUUCCCCAUCGCCCUGGAGCACGACUCGAAAGGAAACAAGAUCGCGUGGAAGGUGGAGAUUGAGAAGCUGGACUACCACCACUACCUGCCCCUGUUCUUCGACGGGCUCUGCGAGAUGACCUUUCCCUAUGAGUUCUUCGCACGGCAGGGCAUCCACGACAUGCUGGAGCACGGCGGGAACAAGAUCCUGCCCGUCAUCCCGCAGCUCAUCAUCCCCAUCAAAAACGCCCUGAACCUGCGGAACCGGCAGGUCAUCUGUGUCACGCUCAAGGUCCUGCAGCACCUGGUGGUGUCGGCGGACAUGGUGGGCGAGGCCCUGGUGCCCUACUACCGCCAGAUCCUGCCCAUCAUGAACAUCUUUAAGAACAUGAACCUGAACUCGGGGGACGGCAUCGACUACAGCCAGCAGAAGCGGGAGAACGUGGGCGACCUGAUCCAGGAGACGCUGGGGGCCUUUGAGCGCUACGGGGGAGAGGAGGCCUUCAUCAACAUCAAGUACAUGGUGCCCACCUACGAGUCCUGCCUGCUCAACUAG